CAGAGUGGAAGUGGAGCCGGUAACCGUGACAAUAUGGAGGCCGCGUCCUUCGUCCUGGCCGCUUGCCUCUGUUUCUCCAUUGUGAGCGCAGAUUCAAAGGCAGUCACCAUGUCCCUCACCACAAAGUGGCCUUCUACAUCACUGCUGCUGGAAGCCAGUGAAUUUCUGGCUGAAGAUGGGCUGGAGAAGUUUUGGACGUUUGUAGAUCAAAACCAACAAGUGGAUGAACAAGGUUCGGAUUCUGACAAAUACAAUCUGUUGCUGAAAAGUGCCGGCCGCCUCCUGUCCCCCGUCCAGCAGAACCUGAUGAAGUUCGCGCUGUCUCUCCGCUCUUACUCAGCCACCGUCCAGACCUUCCAGCAGAUAGCAUCAGAUGAGUCGCCCCCUGCAGGCUGCAAAGCUUUUAUAGUGGUUCAUGGGGAGAAGACCUGUGAUCUUGACAAGUUACCAUCACUUCUCACUGGAGCUCUGGAAAGGCCGAAGCCUUUCCUGUUUAAGGGAGAUCACCAGUAUCCAGGAACAUCCCCUGACAGUCCGGUCGUCAUACUAUACGGAGAAAUUGGCACCAAAGAAUUUUCAAGGUUCCACCAACAUCUGUCAGAAAAGGCCAGAGCUGGCGCGAUCGUAUAUGUACUACGGCACUAUGUGGCGAAUCCAAGAGCAGAAAAGGUAUUCCUCUCAGGCUAUGGAGUGGAAUUGGCCAUUAAAAGUACAGAAUAUAAAGCAAAGGACGACACACAAGUGAAAGGUAACAAUGUGAAUGCCACCGUGGUCGGGGACAAUGACUCAGUGGACGAGGUUCAAGGCUUUCUCUUUGGAAAGCUCAGGCAGUUGUAUCCAGAGCUACAAGAGCAGCUGAAGGAGCUGAGGAAACAUUUGGUGGAAAGCACCAAUGAGAUGGCACCACUGAAAGUCUGGGAACUGCAAGAUCUCAGUUUCCAGACUGCUGCUCGGAUCCUAGCGGCCCCUUCUUCUGAAGCUCUCCUGGUAAUGAAAGAUCUGAGCCAGAACUUCCCUACUAAAGCCAGGACUUUAACCAGGACUGUAGUGGACGCAGCAAUUCGUAUGGAAGUAGAGGAGAACCAAAAGUACUUUAAGGGAACCUUGGGGCUACAGCCUGGAGACUCCGGUCUAUUCAUUAAUGGACUGCACAUUGACCUAGACAGUCAGGAUAUCUUCAGCUUGUUUGAUGUAUUGCGUAAUGAGGCUCGGGUGAUGGAAGGUCUCCACCGCUUGGGCAUUGAAGGCUCAGCUCUCCAUAAUGUUCUCAAGCUCAACAUCCAGCCAUCUACCUCGGACUAUGCUGUGGAUAUCCGCAGUCCUGCUAUUUCGUGGGUGAACAACCUAGAACUGGAUGGAAGGUACAACUCCUGGCCAUACAACGUUCAAGAGCUGCUCCGGCCGACCUUUCCUGGAGUCAUUCGACAGAUACGCAAGAAUUUCCACAACUUUGUUCUUUUCAUUGACCCGGAGCAGGAGUCUACCUCUGAGCUGAUAAAUGUGGCAGAGAUGUUCCUCAGCAAUCACAUACCUUUAAGGAUUGGUUUGGUGUUUGUUGUGAAUGAUGAUGAAGAGGUUGAUGGUUUCGAGGAUGCGGGUGUUGCUCUUCUGAGGACUUUCAACUACGUGGCUGACGAGGAGGACAAUUAUGAUGCGUUUCAGAUGAUUGUAUCGAUCUACAACAAGGUGCCGACUGGCGAGAAGCUGACAGUGAAACAUAUCACCAGUGUCCUGGAGCAGAAGUACCGAUAUGUGGAGCUCAGCAGUAUUUUGGGGCGAGACUCUGCGUAUGACCAGAAUAGGAAGGAGGGGAAGGAGUACUUCCUGCAGACUGGACUGUCGCCGCUCCCCGUGGUCCUCUUCAAUGGGAUACCAUUUCCAAAAGACCAGCUAGAUCCAGAUGAACUGGAGACCGCCACUAUGCACAAGAUCCUUGAGACAACCACGUUUUUCCAGAAAGCUGUGUAUCUGGGCGAGAUCACAAAUGAUCACGAUGUUGUGGAUUACAUCAUGACUCAACCUAAUGUCGUUCCCCGGAUUAACCUGCGGAUCCUUGAAGUGGAACGUCAGUACCUGGACCUCACUGCCACCAAUAACUUCUUUGUGGAUGAUUAUGCCAGAUUUAGCGUGCUCGACUCCAGCGCUAAGAGCGCAGCAGUGGCCAACAGCAUGAACUACCUCACUAAGAAAGGAAUGUCCUCCAAGGAGAUUUAUGAUGACUCUUUUGUCCGACCUGUGACAUUUUGGAUUGUGGGAGACUUCGACAAACCCUCAGGACGUCAGCUGUUGUACGAUGCAAUUAGACACCAGAAAACUAGCAACAACGUAAGAAUCGGCAUGAUCAACAAUCCCAGCCAGGACCCGUCUUCUGAGACCACACGUAUUGGCAGGGCCAUCUGGGCGGCUCUCCAGACACAGACCUCCAACAACGCAAAAAACUUCAUUACCAAAAUCAUCAAAGAAGAAAAUGCUGGAGCGCUGGAGGCCGGGCAGGACAUUGCAGAGUUUGCAGUUGGGGGAAUGGAUGUCAGUCUUUUCCGUGAAGCUUUCGACUCUCCUAAGGUAGAUUUUAUACUCUCCCAUGCCGCAUACUGCCGCGAUGUCCUCAAGCUGAAGCAAGGAGAGAGAGCCGUUAUUGGCAAUGGAAGGAUUAUUGGACCUCUGAGAGACGGUGAAAUAUUUAAUCAAGAUGAUUUCCACCUUUUGGAGAACCUAAUUCUGAAGACUUCUGCACAGAAGAUCAAGUCACACAUCCAGAAGCUUGGAGUGGAAGAAGAUCAUGCCAGCGAUCUGGUCAUGAGAGUGGAUGGUCUUGUGUCCUCCCAACCGAAAGGAGAAGGAAGAAUUGACUACCUGCUUACUGAAGAUCAGCACAGUGCCAUUAAGAUAAGACCUAAAGAAGGUAUGAUGUACUUUGAGGUGAUGGCCAUUGUGGACCCUGUGACAAAAGCAGCACAAAGAAUGGCACCUUUACUCUUGGUUAUGAAUCAGAUCGUAAAUAUGAACCUCCGAGUCUUUAUGAACUGCCAGUCCAAGUUAUCAGAAAUGCCCCUCAAGAGCUUUUACCGGUAUGUGUUGGAACCAGAGGUUGUCUUCUCCUCCGACCAUAACUUAUCACCUGGUCCCAUCGCCAAGUUCUUAGAUAUGCCGCAGUCUCCCCUCUUCACCCUGAACCUGAAUACUCCGGACAGCUGGAUGGUGGAGUCGGUGCGGACGCCGUAUGAUCUGGAUAAUAUCUACUUGGAGGAGGUGGACAGCGUUGUAGCGGCAGAGUUUGAGCUGGAGUAUCUCUUACUGGAGGGCCAUUGUUUCGACGUCUCGACUGGACAACCACCUCGUGGACUGCAGUUUACUUUGGGGACAGCCACCCAUCCUGUGAUUGUGGACACCAUUGUCAUGGCUAACCUUGGUUAUUUCCAGUUAAAAGCGAAUCCUGGUGCGUGGGUUCUUCGGCUCAGGAAAGGCCGUUCCGAGGACAUUUAUAACAUAUACAGCCAUGAUGGAACAGAUUCUGCCCCUGAAGAUAAAGAAGUAGUUGUUGUCCUUAAUGAUUUCAGGAGCAAAACCAUCAAAGUCAAAGUUCAGAAAAAGCCAGACAAGAUGAAUGAAGAUCUUCUCAGUGAGGGGACACCUGAGAAUGAAUCGGGCUUCUGGGACUCGCUUACAUGGGGGCUGUCAGGAGGGCAGAAGCAGGAGGAGGUGAAACAAGAAAAAGAAGAUGUCCUUAAUAUUUUCUCCCUGGCCUCCGGACACUUGUAUGAGCGCUUUCUAAGAAUAAUGAUGUUAUCUGUACUGAAGAAUACAAAGACACCGGUGAAGUUUUGGUUUCUGAAGAACUACCUGUCCCCUACUUUUAAGAACUUUAUCCCUUACAUGGCGAAGAAAUAUAACUUCCAGUAUGAAUUGGUCCAGUACAAGUGGCCCAGAUGGCUGCACCAGCAGACCGAGAAGCAGAGGAUAAUAUGGGGGUACAAAAUCCUCUUUCUGGAUGUACUUUUCCCACUGGUUGUGGAUAAAAUCCUCUUUGUAGAUGCUGACCAGAUUGUGCGCACAGACUUAAAAGACUUGCGAGACUUCAACUUAGACGGUGCCCCAUACGGAUACACUCCAUUCUGUGAGAGCCGAAAGGAGAUGGAUGGCUAUCGCUUCUGGAGGUCUGGUUACUGGGCCAGUCACUUGGCUGGACGCAAGUACCACAUUAGUGCUUUAUAUGUAGUGGACUUAAAGAAGUUUAGAAAAAUAGCUGCAGGAGAUCGACUAAGAGGACAGUAUCAGGGACUCAGCCAAGAUCCCAACAGUCUUUCCAAUCUUGACCAGGAUUUGCCAAAUAAUAUGAUUCACCAAGUGCCUAUCAAAUCGCUGCCACAGGAGUGGCUGUGGUGCGAGACGUGGUGCGAUGAGGCAUCUAAGAAAAAAGCCAAGACUAUAGACCUGUGCAACAACCCAAAGACCAAGGAGCCAAAGUUAGAAGCUGCAGUACGUAUUGUCCCAGAAUGGCAAGACUACGACCAAGAAAUCAAGAGACUGCAAAGUCGUAUUCUGGAGGUGACUUCUGGUACUGUAGAAGAUCAGCCUGAUGUCAUUAGGCAGCCAAAUACACAAGAUCACAAGCCCCAUGAUGAUUUAUGAUUCACAGAUGUCUGCAGGAAAAUGGACUCAAAAAGAUUUUUUUCUAUUUUUUUUAAACAAAAAUUGAGAGAUUAUUGGGAAUUUUACAUUUAUUGAUUUUACAGAAUGUCUGCGAAACUGCUGAAUGGUUUGUGGUAUUGGGGUAUUUAUAUUUUGGGUUAUCAAUUUUUUUGCUUGGGGGAAACUGCCGUCUUUUUUUUUUUUACCCUUGUUUGAAAGAUGCUACAAGAUGGAAACAAAAACAACCAAAAAUAGUUGGAAACCAAAAGUUGUUCCCCAGAACCCACUAAGUAAUUAAACCACUAAAACCUGUUACAAUGUGUUUACAUGAACUCCUUUAUCUACAUGUGCAGGGAAAUUAAAUAUCCUCCCGUAUGUUCAAAGCAGAUGUAAAGGCAGCUUAUGGGUCCAUUCACAUGACCAUGCCCAUUUUGCAGCCGUGUGCAACCAUUGACUGUAAUAGGUCCAUGAUCCGCAUGUUGGGGACAUGAAGGGCUUCUGUGUGCUUCCGGGUCUACAACAUGCAGAUCGUUGACCCAUUGAAGUCAAUGGGUCCGCAGUGCGAUGCAGGGUGUGGCCAGUGUCCGUGUUUUGCGGCUCUGUGUUAUAUGGGCCCUAAUGGUGAGGGUAUCAAAUGUGAAGAAUAUUCGCUGUGUCCACCGUCAUAGGCAUUUAUUUUAUUGCUUCAAUGCAUCUGAAACACAAACUGAAGAAACAAUCUAUGCAUGUAGUCUUAAUUAAAAAUAUAUUUUUGUAUUUACAACUCCUGUUUACAUAUCUGUGUCACCAUGGUAACAGACUACAAACAAACCUUGUGUAGUCGGUUCCUGCAGUAUUCUCGCCACCCAUCCACUACUACUGUCUAAAGCUGGAUUUACACGGGCCGACUGAGCAGCUGAUUUUCAGGAAGGAAGUGUUGCUUCUUGACAGUCGGCUGCUCGUUGAGUGAAGGAGACCACGCAUUUAUAUGCAGCGAUCUCCUUCACUGUAUGAGGAUGAGGGCUAUUGCGAUCCGUCAUCCUCAUACAGAAUCAUUGUUUCUGAGCAUCAGAUUGCUGUUUAGACUGCACAAUCUUCUGCCCACAAGCCAUGAUUGGUGGUGCCUGCAUCAAUGACCGGAUCACCUGGUGAACAAGAGUUUUGUUCGUUCAUCAGGUGAUCGGCGGCACAUUCACAUGGGCAGGUUGUCGGGAACGAAGGGUCGUUCCCGAAAAUCUGGCCGAUUCUCGGGCUGCGUAAAUGCACCUUAAGAGUUAGGGAUCAGAUGAAAUGCAGCAAGACUGCAGGAUAGGACUAAGCAGAGUUUGCUGGUAGUUUAUAACCACAGAGACACCAAGAUCUGCAUCGGAGCUGUAGACACAAAACGGUAGAAUUUCUUUUAUAUCAAUACUAUUUGCACACAUGCUUCUUUUUCGUUUUAGAUUCCCUUUAACCGUAAAAUAAAUUGGUUUUAAAGGGCAAGAUAGCCUUCAAUAAUGAGGUGGACAUCUGGCAGCUUGGUCACCACCAGUGUCAAGACUGAGCGGCCUCAGCACUGUUGUCAGUGAUGCUCAGUAGUAUGGACCCCAGAAUGUAAGAUUGAAUGCUGAUAAUGGGCGUCACUCUGAGGGAUGAUGUCAGAUGUUCCAAGCGGAUUCCUUGGUUGUGCUCUCAUGCAUAUUUUUGGGGUCCCCUAAUUCCUGUCUCCACCCUAUGAAGCAUAACUAUAUAUAAGUAGCUUUCGGCAUUGUCAUACUGGAAGAAAUGUUGUACUUUUGGCCAGGAUUUUGUAGCCUUUUACAAAGGGAUUCCAUAUAUUGUCUAGGAUUGUCAUGGUCUUUUCUAAUUCCACCAUACUGGAAAAGCAGUGUAAGGAGGUCACCAAAGGGAUACUGUAUGUAUGAGUGUGUAUAUAUAGAUCUUCAGUAAGUCGCUAUAUUUUCAUUUUAUUCUCAUGUCUAAUUGGGGCCACAUACAUGAACUUAAAGGGGUUGUCCAGGAUUAGAAGAACGCUUUACAUUACCACUCGUGACCAUGGGCUGUGUCUGGUAGUGCAGCUCAGUCCUAUUUACGAGAAUUGCAGACCCUUUUUUAUGAUCUCAGAUGAUGUAUUUUAUAUUGCAUUUGUAACUCACUCAGAAUAUUUGAUGAAUUUUCUAAAAAGCCCGUUCAUAAUUUAUCAUGUGUGUCUCUCCCACGCUAUUCACUGUACUGUACCUAUUGCUUAUAUACAAGACGUGGCUAUCGUGGAUUGGGUAUCAGUACAAGAAGCAAUGUGAACAUUUCCAAUAAUGUGAGCUGUAGUAAAAGAGAUGGCUUUUAGUGGUCUGUAGACAAUCUAGAAAAUACGGUGAUAGAAUAGGCAGCACUGCCUGAUGCAGGGGAGAGAUAUGGCAGAAGUAGGUAGGUAUACAGGGAUACUCUGUAUUGUAGAAACAUGCGAACAACGCGUUACAGGGCGGAAAUGGCCUAACGAUUAGGCUCUGUUCACAUCACAAUAAUGGCCUCCAUUUCACAUAUAUGCUGAGAAAAGCUCAAAGUAAGAUUGCUUUCAAAAACAGUUAUGUUAAUAGCUUAUUUUUGACCAAUUAAUAAAAUGCAAUGUGAAUGAACAAAAGAGAAAUGUAAAUCAAAUCAAGAUUUGCUGUGACCACCUUUGCCUUCAGAACAACAUAACUUCUUCUACGGUAGGUACACUUGCAUACAUUUGUUGAAGGAACUCUGCAAGGAGGUUGUUCUAAACAUUUUGGAGAACUAGCCACAGAUCAAAUCCUUCUGUCUCUUCAUGUAAUCCCAGACAUACUUGAUAGUGUUGAUAUCAGGACACUCUGGAGCCAUAUCUUCACUUCCAGGACUCCUUGUACUUCUUUACACUGAAGAUAGUUGGCUGUAUGUUUUGGAUCGUUGUCCUGCUGCAGAAUAAAUUUGGAGCCAAUCAGACUGAUUCCUGAUGGUAUUGCGUGAUGGAUAAGUAUCUGGGCAUUGAGGACACCAUUAAUCUUGACCAAAUCCCCAAUUCCAUUUGCUGAAAUGCAGCCCCAAACUUGCAAGGAACCUCCACCUUGCCUCACUAUUGCCCGCAGACACUCAUUGUUGUAUGGCUGCUCAGCCCUUCGGAGAACUAACUGCUUUCUGUUACAGCCACAUACUUCACCUUUUGACUCCUCAGUCAAGAGCACCUGCUGCCACUUUUCUGCACAUUAGUUCCCAUGUUUUUGUGCAUAGUUGUGUCUCUUGGCCUUGUUUCCACAUUAAAGGUAUGGCUUUUGGGCCACAGUUCUACCUGAAGACCACUACUAGGCAGAUGGGUGUCCCUGGGUCCCAUUAGUUUCUGACAGCUGUGAGCUGAUGGCACUGCUGGACAGCUUACGAUUUCAAAGGGAAAUAAGCACGCUGUCUCUUUCAUCUGCUGCAUGAAGUUUCCUUGGCCCAAAUACAGGCAUAUACUUAACCAUCAUGCAGUACCAUCAGGGAGACGUCUGAUUGUCUCCAAAUUUAUUCUGCAACAGGAUUGCAACCCCAAAUAUACAGACAAUGUCAUUAAGAACUAUCUUCAGCGUAAAGAAGAACAAGGGGUCCUGAAAAUGAUGAUAUGACCCCCACAGAGCCCUGAUCUUGAGAUCAUCAAGUCUAACUGGGAUUACAUGAAGAGACAGAAGAAUUUGAGCAAGCCUACAUCCACAGAAGAUCUGUAGUUAUUUCUCCAAGAUGUUUAGAACAACCUCCCUGCUUAAAAACUGUUCCACAAACGCCUAGAACAUUUGCACACUACUGUAUACCACUGACGGAGGCCUGUGAUUAGAGGUGAGCGAAUUUCAUAUUUUCGUUCACGCUUCGUUUGGUGGUAAAAGCUGAAUUGCGUUAUGGAUUCCGUUACCACAGACCAUAACGCAAUUCUAUGACUGAAUGCAUAACGGAGAGCCUUUAGAGGCAAUCCCUUAUUUAUUCUGUCAUAAUAGAAGUCUAUAGGCUGCAAAACGGAUCCGUCCUGUUUCCAUUAUGCAGGGGAGUCCUCUUCCGUUUCCGUUAUGGAAACGGGAUGAAUCUGUUAUGAAGGCCAUAGACUUCUAUUAUGACAGGAUGAAUAACGGAAUGCCUCUAAGAUAGCAUAGUCUGACAUUCCAUACUUAGUUUUUUUGCAGUAUACCAUCGUAUAUCAACCAACAGAGGACUCCUGAUAGGUUAAGGGGGUCUACUGAGUUGUGUUUUUACUUCCUGUGCUGCUCCGAUCCAGCAUCGCCACCCUGUCCUCUUUUUCCCCAGGCUGCAGCAAGUGAUUUGUUGUUGUGGCUGCAGCUGUGACCUCCUGUAUACCAUUGCAGUCUAUCAGUGGCCUCAAUGUUCUUGUGUCAUCCAGCUGCAGCAGUAUACAGGACGUCACCAUGUUACAGUUCUUUGCACUUUUAAGUCUGGGUAUUUAGGGUAGAUGUAAGGUUGCCGACCAGUCUUCAGAUGACACCUCCAGAAAUAAUUCUUUGCGGACAAAGUCUGGGGCUUCGAUAAGUGAUACCUCCCUGUUUCUGGUGUAGAAGAUUUAUAAUUGUAUGUGAUUUUUGUACUGCUCUGAAUCAGAAUGUUUCCAUUUGAUUAAAACAUUUUUUUUGCUA